AAGGUGAAGAGCCAAGCUGAGGCAAAAGCUGGUACAACAUUUAAUGAAUUUAAAGCCAUUUCUUAUAGAACUCAACUUGUUGCUGGUACAAAUUACUUUGUGAAGGUUUGUAUUUGAUAAUUGUAUAGAUGUCAUGCAAUGUUAAGGCUUUCUAUGCUUCAAAUUAUCACAGGUGGAUUUAUACUGAUGGGAGGUUUUGAAUGGUCAAAAUAAGUCUCCCCUUCCCAUAGGGGAGGCCAAGCAACCAAAGGAUGAGGUACUCAUCAGGGUGGGGUGGGUGGAAGUAGUUGUUUAGGGCCUAGCCCCUUAUGAAUCAUCAAGAAAGAUUUGAUGGUAACAAUGGGUAUGCUGUAUUCUGCGUGAAAAGGUUUGAAGUUGAGACCUGGUCAGCCAUUGCGAUGUGUUCUUGUGCAAGACACUAAACUCUUACAGUUCCUCUCUCUUCGCAGGAUUAUAGAUGGGUACUCUCAAACUGUUAGUAAAACUUCUGAAGGGUAAACUGUAAUUGACCAGCCUCCCAUCCAAGGGGAGAAGCAAUAUUCCUAGUUACUUAGUUAAUCUUCUGAAAACUAGAAUGAGCUCCUGCUGGAUGGGUGCUGGGUUGUUAAGAGACUCUAGCCCAAAAGCUAAGGCAGGUUUUUAAAGAUCAUUCAUUUCAAAAAACUGUUUGUUUUAUCUUUCUUUUCACAUUUAAAAUUAAAGUAGUAACCUAGAACCAUCUUAUUCCAUGAUAACCUCCAUUUGUUUUUCCAGGUGAAAGUGGGUGACUUGUCUUAUGUUCAUUUGCGUAUUUACAAAACUUUACCACAUGCUGGAUCAACACUUGAGUUAACAGCCAUCAAAACUGAAUUGUCAGAGGGAGACAGCCUGGACUAUUUUUAA